CCCCUUCCCGUUAUGGACCAAUUCCGAUGCAUAAUAUACAGCCCUGUUAUUUUACACUUUACCACUAAUCACCGUGAUUCGCCCUGGACAGUGCAGUACUUUUUAAUUCGUAUGUAUCGUCUGCCUGACGUAUUCACGUGAUCGACAGCUGGCGGGGGCGUCAUCUUUCCAAGUUGCUCUUUUUGCUAUAAAUACGCCAAAAGUCGGUGGUGAACAGCGUUUCUUGACCGGUUUUUGUUCUCUUCGCUGUUUUUUGCCCUCUUGGAUACUCUCUUUUUCCAUAUCCAUUGUUGUUGUUCUUUCGCAUUCUUCAAUCAUGAUCGUGGACAAAAUUGAUGUAUUAGGGGAUCCUCGGGUCGAGCAGCGAUCCGCAUAUGUCAAUGGCAAACAAUAUGGAUAUCUGUACAGUCAACCGGAAUCAGGGGAGAAUCGGGGGACAAUUGUUCUUCUUCAUGGCUUCCCCGACUUGUCAAUGGGAUGGCGUUAUCAGAUCCCCAUGUUGCUGGAAAUGGGUCUCCGGGUGAUUGCACCAGAUUGUCUCGGAUACGGGAGGACAGACGCCCCCAGGGAUUUAACACAAUAUUCCCACAGACGCUGCGCAGACGAUAUCAAAGAGCUCGUCCGCCAACUCGGAGUACAUAAGAUCAUCCUCGCAGGACAUGACUGGGGCGCUGCACUGGCAUACCGCGUUGCCCUCUGGCACCCCGAACUCGUCACUCACUUAAUCACUCUCUGCGUACCAUUCGCUGCUCCAACACGGAGAUACACGCCUCUUGAAGACUUUGUCGCCACAAUUGCACCACAUUUCGCCUAUCAACUGCAGUUCCGGAGUCGGCAGCUGGAAGACGCUAUCCGUACCGAGGAAGACAUGAAGAAAUUCCUGUCUGCGCUGUACGGAGGUAGGACGGAUGAUGGGCAGGUGGGUUUUUACGUGGAGGAGGGUGUCAUUCUGCAGAACCUGCUUCGGUUGCGACCGUCAAAAUUAUUGAGUGAGGAGGAACUCGACUAUUACGCGCAGGAAUUCUCUCGAAAUGGUCUUGCCGGUCCAUUAAACUGGUACCGCACCCGCGACAUCAAUUAUAAAGACGAACUAUCCAUCCUAAACCAACACAUCACCGCCCCCGUCCUCUUCAUCCAAGCCCAACGAGAUUCAGCCCUCCCCGCCCAUCUCGGCGCAGGAAUGACCCGAACCAUCCCCCAUCUCACCCACCAGCAAAUCAACACAUCUCACUGGGCACUUUGGGAGAGACCUAAAGAAGUCAAUGAGAUUAUUGCGUGGUGGUUGGAAGAGAUUGUCUUCUCGGAACCCAGACCGAGAUUGUUUAAAUUAUAGUGUGCUAUAGGUUUCUGCAUUUUGUCUUCUGGGGUUGCAUUUUCGCGUGUCUUGUCUACUCUCAUUGUCAUCUUGUCAUCUUGGAGUUUAUAUGCAUGGGUCUUGUGUUAUUAUUUAGGUGCUGCUUAUAAGGGUAUUGAUCUAUCAUGAGAGAAUUGGGAUAUCUGCAUUCAGUGUUAUGCUUCCGUGUAGCCAUCCACCAACAUAGCCAAAGCGAAGCUGAGACAAUAGCAUGAUGAUUUAUGGUACAGGG